CAAUUGGUAGUUACUACUACUACUACCACUGGUGAUUGGACUGAGGGAAAUAUUUUGAUCUUUUUUGUUUCUUCAGAUUUUGAACACAAAAGAAAAAAGGGGUGGGGCAGAUUGCAAUGUGUAAUAGUGUGGAAUAUUAUAAUAAUCAUCCAUCCAUCCAUCGUGAGAUGAAAUUAAAUCUAGAUUGUUCUUUCUCUUCAUUCGAUAGAUUUAUUCAUAUUCCUUUCAUUUCAUCAGAUAAUCAAGUAUCUCAUCCUAAUUCAUCAUCCCAUUUCAAUUGAUCUUAUUCUAAUAAGGGAGAUAACCACAGAUAAGACCAACCAACUAACGCAUCAUCAUCACUAUGCCUAUUUUUGGGGAUAAGCCGUUGACUUCGAUCACCAUCAAGAUCAAUCAAAUGAGCGAGGCUCAUAGAUAUGAUGAAGAUGAUGAUAUCGAUGAUACUCUUGAACUUCAUUUAUCCAAUCUUUUAGAAUUAAUCAAAAUUCAAUCAUCUUCAGGUGCAACUGAAGCUGCUAGAGCCAUUCGAAAAAAAAUUAAAUAUGGUGAAUCAGUUGAUGAACAAUUAAGAGCUCUUAAUAUCUUAGAAUUAUUAAUUUUAAAUUCAGGUAAAAAGAUUGGUCCUGUCAUUGCUAGAGAUGAUAAAUUAAUUGAUGUUUUAAAAGGGAUCUUAAAUGGUAAUGGUAAAACUAGUGUUGGUGCAUCAUAUGAUAAAGAUGUUCAAGAUAAAGUAAGAAAUUUAGCCAUUGGUUGGAAAACUGAAUUAGAAGAAUUAGAUGGUUAUAAAUAUUUCGCUUGUUUAUGGCAAUUCAUUCCUAAAGGUUCUAAAUCAAGAGGUGGUAAUCGUCCUUCAUCAAGAUCAGUAUCAUCUCCUAAAUCUAGCUCUCGUGAUGUUGACGAUGAUGAUGAUGAUUACGGUACUGGAAGUAGCAGUCGUCGUAGUCGUGCUAAUACUAAUGGUUAUGAAGAUGACGAAGAUGUGUAUUCAUCCUCACCACCAUAUUCACGUCCUAAAAGUCCAAGAACUCCAAGAUCACCACCUCCACCUCGUCCAAAGACUUCAUCUCCAUACACUGAUAGCAACAAGGAUAAUAAAAAGAAAGAUAAAAAAGAUAAGAAAAAGCGUAAAUUUAGACGUCCAGGGGUUAAAUAUGCUGAUGCAGAAUUUCAAAUUCCUCAAAUUAAUUAUACUUUGGAAGCUCCAAAAAUUAGAACCUUAAUUGGUCAAUGUCAUACUCAUACUACCGGAUUAAAUAAUGCUUUAAUCACUUUACCAGCUCAUGAAUCACCUACUGAUAAUCAAAAAAUCAAAUCCGAAUUUGAAAAAUGUAAAAAGAUAAGACGUAAAGUAUUAAGAUAUUUACAAUUUGUGGGAGCAGGUGGUGAAGAAGACAAGACUCCUGAAAUAAUAGCUAUGGAUGAAGAAUUCCUUGGUAGUUUAAUUGGAGCUAAUGAAUUAUUAGUGGAAACUUUUAAAGCAUUUGAUACUAAAUGUGGGGUUGUUAGUUCAGGCCCCGCCCCAACUUAUGGUGAAGAAGAACCUGAAGAAGGUGAUGAUGAAAGUUAUAGUGGUGAGAGUUAUUAUACUACUGAUUCUGAUGAUGAUGAGUAUGAAGAACAAGAACAACUGAUUAGUCAAAGAUUAGAACAAACUACAAUUGAAGGUAGUAGUAGUCGUACCCCAUUAUCAGGUAGAAAAUCUCCACCACCUCCACGUCCUGCUAAACCUCCAAAAUUAGUUAGUAGAUAUGUUGAUGAAACCCCAGUCGCUGCUCCACCUCCAAAACAAAGUAUUAAAAAGACAGCUCAAAAUCCUGCUGAUGAUAAUGAUCCAUUUGGUGAUAGUAAUGAAGUUCUGCAUCUUAAAUCAAUCUACGAUUAGUAUUAUAAGUCUCAAUUUGCAUCAUAUUUUUUUCUUUGUUUUAUUAUUGUUCUA